GGGAAGGCCGGUCACUUGAUAUUGAAGAUCUUAGUUCAGCUCAGUCGUCUCCCUCUUGUCUCCUUACCAACAAAAGAGGAACUUCCAGAAUAACAUUAGCCCAAACACCCGAGUUAGGCUGAGCUUACGUCAAUAAUCUGGGAUGUUUCAGUGAUGGGCAUAACUUAAGCUAUUGACGGCAGUUCUUUAAUUCGAUGUAACCCAAAUACGGGCCGAGGCAUAUUUACAGUGUGUAGCUGAUGAAUCAUCCGUGUUACCCCGGAAUUUCCUAUCCUAUCAUAUCCCGGUGCUUUGACGAUCAUAUAUCGUGGGGAAACGAGAACCCCUGAUUAUAUCUACGUCAUGGUGUAUGACCACUAACCAAGUAGAUCAGCUUUCAUGUUGGUUUUGGGAACAUAUAUCCUCCCCACAACCGCCACCUACAAUGCGAAAUUCUGAGUUCCAAUUGAGAAUUAUGUUUUGAGGCAAUUGCUAGACCGCGCGAAAUAGAAUACCCAAUACUCAAACAACGACAACACCAUGCAUGCGAAACUCACCCUCGCUCUUGUCUUCGCAAGCAGCUGCCUAGCAAACGCUGCUGAAGUCGAGCCUCGCCAGACGUCCAAUCCUGGUGGUCCGGUUGAAUCCUUGUCAUCUGCGAUCUCCUCCGCCAUUUCGUCUGCGACAGACCAGGGCACAAGCGGAGUGCUAUCCAUUCAAACCGACACAUCCCUCCUAUCCAUCCAAACGAGUACUGGCAUCAGCAGCACCGGUGGCACUGCUUCCUCAAGCGGUUCUAGCUCCUCUGCCAAAGAGACUUCUUCCUCAUCCGGCUCGUCCGAAACCUCGGCCGGAGUAACAUCAUCUACCUCUGGAGGUGGAGCUGCACCCGCCCGAGAGACUGGCUUCCCGCUAGCGGCUGCUGCCGCGGGUUUCCUUGGGGCCGUCGCGGCACUAUAAUACUCUAGCCAUAGGCCUAGAAAGAUGCAACAGCUGAAGUUCACAGGGUCCUGUUCAUAUACAAGCUCCAACAAAUUGACGUACGCGAUGUAUCAUAUAUAUCAACAAAUGGAACCACGCAACAUCAAUAGUAACGAGAUAUUUCUUUUUGGAUAUUGGUGUCUAUUGGGAUUGAAUGGGUAGCCGCCUAAAUACAACUACUCGGCGUCGCUUGUAAUAUUUACCUCGGAAAAUAUUACCAAUAUAUAUAUUCACCUCCAGCUAACC